GUAUCAUCAUUUUCGUUGUUGAAGUAUUCUGUCAGUUCAAAACCCUAAAGAGCUAAGACUAGAAGAAGAGCUUCUGUCGAGGCGGAUCUGUUAAUGCUGGCUCCCGAUAUCUGGAAACGGUUGUUCCCGCCACGAGGCAGAAGGCCUGUCGUGAUCGUCCCUUACAGCGGAGUCAAUCGAAGCAAUAAUCCUGAAAUGGAUUUGAAUGUAUUCAAGUUCUGCUCCGGUCUUAGAUGUCUGGGUUAUCUCAUCAUUCUCCUUGUUGUGGCGCUAAUCACUCUCUCCUAUUAUGCUGUUGUUAUCCUUACUUGCGGCCCUCAUCUGCUUCACGGUGGCCUCCAAUCGGCUCUCUACUUUUCCAUUGUUACCGUGUUUCAUCUUCUGCUUAUCUUAUUAACUUGGAGCUAUCUUAUGGUAGUUUUACGGGAUCCUGGUUCUGUUCCUGAAAAUUGGAGACCUGAACCAGAGGAAGAGAAUCUGGAUAUGGCGGGUGCUAUGCCAUUGCCAGAGUUUGCUGCCCCUGAAACCAGAAAUUCUGCAUGGUCUUCUUCAGAAGGGAUGGAGGGAAGACAAACUGUAGGAUACUGCAGUCGCUGCCAAAAUAACAAACCUCCACGCUGUCAUCAUUGUUCUGUUUGUCAACGAUGCGUUCUUAAGAUGGAUCAUCAUUGCAUAUGGGUUGUUAAUUGUGUUGGAGCACGCAACUACAAAUUCUUUCUUCUUUUCCUGCUGUAUACAUUUCUGGAGACAACAUUGGAUACUCUUGUAUUGCUGCCACAUUUCAUUAGAUUCUUUGAAGAAGCCAAGAAUCAUUCCACCUCGCCGGGCAAUCUUGCUAUUCUCUUUUUAGCUUUUGUCAUUAAUUUGGCUUUUGCACUAAGCCUUCUUUGUUUCUUGGUUAUGCAUGCAUCUCUUCUCUUUAGCAACACCACUACAAUAGAGGUUCAUGAGAAGAAAAGGUCGGUCAGGUGGAAGUAUGACUUGGGUUGGAGGAAGAAUUUGGAGCAGGUUUUUGGCACAAAAAAGGUAUUAUGGUUCUUUCCAUUGUUCUCAAAGGAGGAUUUAGACAAUGUACGUACACUUCAGGGCCUUUAUUUUCCAAUGCGUUCAGAUAUGGAGGUUUGAUGCAGGAUGAGUUAAAAUGUAGCAGGUGUGCCUGCAUUUGGUUUUUUAACCAUGAAUCUAGCGAGUCUAGCCAGUUGUAAGUUAUCGAGUUCUACUUUAUCUGUUUCCCUUUUGGCAUGGGGUAUUUAAACAUUUCCUUCAUAGUGAAAAAUGUAUAUAGAGGUUGUGUGAAUAAAUUUUUAUUUUUUAUUUUUUGAAAUUUUAUAUUAAAGCAAUUUCAUAGUU